AUGUUUCAUGAAGAAAGUGAUGAAUCGACAAAAUUGAUUGAUAAUAAAACUGACGAUGAUGAAAAUAUAUCAUUAUCACGUCUUGAAUGGGCAGAAUCGUCUUAUAUUCGAUGGCCAUAUUUAUUAUUUUGGUGGUGGAUUAAUCCAAUACUUUCAAUUGGUUAUAAACGAAAAUUACUUCUUGAUGAUUUAGAUAAUUUACCAUUUAAUGAUAAAUCUUCAAUAUUAUUAAAAAGAUUAGAAGCUUAUGAUUGGACAAAACUUUCCAUAUGGAAUAUCAUUUCAAAAGAAUUUGGUAAAGAAUAUUUCAUUGCAGGUUUAUUACAUAUUCCAUCAUUAUUUUUACAAUUAAGUUUACCAUUAAUAAUACGCUUAUUUGUUCUAAAUUUAAAUCCAUUUUCGAAUAAAAUAUAUAUUUAUUCUAUAUUAUUAUUAUUAUGUUCCUUAUUAAAUGGUAUAUGCUAUCGUCAAGCUGAUUUUUAUUCAUUUCGUGUUGGUAUAAGAAUUCGAAAUGCAUUUAUGUCAUUCAUUUAUAGAAAUUCCUUAUCAAUGAAAUUAAUAACACGACAAAAAAUUCAAAUUGGUUAUAUGAUUAAUUUAAUGGCAAAUGAUACACAAAAAUUAGAAGAUGCAUUUGCAUUUGCGCAUAAAAUUUGGGAAGGAUUUGUUAUUUCCAUCUUGGUUUUUCUAAUACUUUCUUAUAUAAUGAAUCCAAUAGCAAUAUUAAUUGGUUAUUCAGUUAUUCUUCUAAUUAUUCUAAUACAAUUAAUUAUUGGUUAUAUUUUAGGAAAAUAUCGUCAUAUAACAUGUUUAUAUAGUGAUAAACGUGUUAAUUUAUUUAAUGAAAUGAUUUCCGGAUGUGAUAUUAUUAAAAUGAAUAAUUGGGAAGAAUUAAUCAAAGAACAAAUUAAACAAAUACGUGAUAAAGAAAUGAAUUCGAUUCGAAAAUCUUCAUAUUUUCGUGCAUUAUCUAUUAAUCAAUUUUUUAUUUCAUCAUCACUUUUAUCAUGUAUAACAUUUAGUAGUUGUUAUUUAUUAAAUUAUUCAUUGAAUUCUAUUGAUAUAUUUAUUGCUUUAGCUUAUUUUUCAUUGAUACGUGAUACAUUUAUGCAUUAUUUUUCGUUUACUUUGGAAAAACUUCUUGAAGCAAAAUUUGCAGCUAAUAGAAUAUCAACAUUUAUUAAAUUAAUUUUAGAACAAAAUCAAACAACACAUGUUGUGUUAACAACAAUGAAUAAUAAUGAACAAAAAGGGGAAAUUGAAAUAAAAAAUGGAAAUUUUUCUUGGAAUUUAAAUAAAAUACAUUUAUUAUCGAUUAAUCUUCGAAUUUCAUCAGGUAGUUUAAUUGGCAUUUAUGGUGAAGUUGGUUCUGGUAAAUCUUCAUUACUCUGUGCUAUUCUUGGUGAAAUGAAUAUUAUUGAUGGCGAAAUAAAUACAAAUCAAAGUACAUUUUCAUAUUUAUCACAAACGCCAUCAAUAUUUCUUGAUACAAUAAGAAAUAAUAUAAUUUUUAAUGAAAUUUAUGAUCAAAAACGUUAUCAUGAAAUUAUUCAUGCUUGUUGUCUUGAGCAAGAUUUUCAUUCAUUUGGAUCGACUGGUGAUUUAACAUUUCUUGGAGAAAAAGGUAUUAAUUUAAGUGGUGGACAAAAAGUUCGAAUAGCAUUAGCAAGAGUUUUAUAUAGAAAAGCUGAUAUUUAUUUAAUUGAUGAUCCAUUAUCUGCAGUUGAUUAUACUGUUGCCAAACAAAUUUAUGAUCGUUGUUUUGGUAGAAAUGGUUUAUUAAAAAAUAAAACAUGUUUAUUAGUUACACAUCAAAUUGAAUAUCUUGAAAAUGCAAAUCAAAUAAUUUAUAUGUCAAAUGGAUCUAUUAAAGAUUUCAAUGAAAGUUCUUUUACAAAAACUUUAAAUGUUAAAGAUAAGAAAUCAUUUUUAAGCGAUAUGUUAGAUGAAAAAAUUAAUACAAUUGAUAAUCAGCCAAUUAUUUGUGAAGAAAUUUCAUAUAAUCAAAAUUCAAAAUGGUCUUUAUGGUAUCGAUUAUUUACAGCACCACCAUGUGGCUUAUUUGGUCUAAUUUUAUUAAUAGUUUUAUUUAUUUCCAAUGAAAUCUUUUUUGAUGGAACUAAUUAUUGGCUUAGUCAAAAUGUUAAAAAUUCCAAUAAUGAAAAAAAUAAUUCGGAAAAUUUUCUUUUAAUUUAUGUUCUUCUAACAUUAUUUCUUAUUAUUAUCAAUUAUUUAUCUAUGAAUUAUUUUUAUUAUAUAUUUUUAAAUGGAUCAAAUUAUUUACAUAAUCAAAUGGUUAAUAGCUUAUUAUAUACAUCAAUGUUAUUUUUUGAAAGUAAUCCUAUUGGGAGAAACCUUAAUCGUAUCAGUAAAGAUCAACAAGUUCUUGAUGAAUCUUUACCACGAUCAUUACUUUUCGGUUUAUUAACAUUAUCAACAUUAAUUGGUUCAUUUAUAAUGAUAAGUAUAACAAAUUCAUAUGUUAUAGUAUUAUUUUUUAUAUUAAUUCCAAUAUUUAUUUAUCUUUGCUAUUUUUAUUGGAAAACAAAUCGGCAAUUAAAAGAAUUAGAAAGUUUAACACGUAGUCCAAUAUAUAGUCAGUAUACAUCAUCAUUAAAUAAUUUAAUAACAAUUCGUAUAUUUAAUAAAGAAGAAUAUUUUUUAAAAUUAUUUCAUGAACGAUUAGAUAAUAAUAUAAGAACACAUUUAAAUAUUGAAGGUGCAGGACAAUGGUCAUAUUUAAGAUUGGAAUUUUUAGCUAGUUUAAUUAUGUUUGGUACAUCAUUAUUUCUAAUAUUUUUUUCUCAACAAAUUCCAUCGUCAAUGAUAGCAUUUAUAUUAGUUUAUUCAAUGACAAUUGCAUAUCGACCACAACGAAGUAUUCGAAGAUUAACUGAAGCUGAUUUAUUUCAAAUAAGUGCUGAACGUAUUGAUGAAUAUGGUCAUCUUCCAAAAGAAGAAGAAGAUUCUAAUGAUAAUAGACAAUUAAUUUCACUUCCAUUAACAUGGCCUAGUAAUGGAAAAAUUCAAUUUUAUCAUUAUUCCUUUAGUUAUCGAUCAAAUUUAGAAAAUAUUCUCAAAAAUAUUCAUAUUGAAAUCAAUUCCGGUGAAAAAAUUGGUAUUAUUGGUCGAACUGGUGCUGGAAAAUCAUCUCUUUUUAAAAGUUUAUUUCGAUUUAUCAAUGAAAAAAAUAUUCAAGGUCAAAUCUUCAUUGAUAAUAUUGAUAUAAGUCAAAUAACACUUAAACAAUUACGAAUAAAUCUAAGUAUAAUACCACAACAUUCAAUUUUAUUUUCCGGUACACUUCGAUAUAAUCUUGAUCCAUUUAAUCAAUAUUCUGAUGAACAAUGUUGGAAUGUCUUAAAUGAUGUACAACUUAAAGAAUUUCUUUUGAAAAAUUCCUUUGAUCUUUCAAUGAAUAUAAAUGAAAAUGGAUUAAAUUUAAGUAUUGGUCAAUGUCAAUUAAUUUCUAUUGCACGAACUAUUUUAAAACAAACAAAAAUUCUUUUAAUUGAUGAAGGUACAGCAAAUAUUGAUUAUAAAACUGAUGAAAUUAUUCAAAAUGUAAUUAAAGAAAAAUUUUCUAAUCGAACUGUAUUAAUAAUUGCUCAUCGGUUGAAUACAAUUAUUAAUUGUGAUAGAAUUCUAGUUUUAGAUAAAGGUUCAGUUGUCAAUUUUGAUAAACCAAAUCAUAUUUUACAACAAUAUCAAUAA